AUGGACGUUUUCAAGCUAUUGUCAACACACCUCACUUUUAUAGCAAUUGCUUGUGCUUUCCAUCAUGAUUUAUCUGCAGCGGAAAAGUUGGAAAAGUGGCAGAACUUUGUUGGCAUGACUGAAUCAGACAGGAACGGAGAACUUACUGUCAAACAUUCUGCUAUGUAUGGAGGCAUCAAUAACAUCAGACAGAAACGCUCGGAGAGGGGAACGGAAUCGACAUCUGAACAAGAAUGUACAAAAGGUAGACCGUCUACUAGUGUGGACGAGUUUAUAACAUGUCCGAUGUCCUUCUGUCAACACACCAGCUACAGGUGUGCCAUACGAUGUCUAGGACAGGAAUCUGGUGACAACUGUGAACUAUACAACUGUACAUGGCACCACCACUGUCCAUAUCCUAGUCGUGGUGGUAAAUACACUAUUCCUAUAGAGAAAGUUUGUGACGGUGUAGCCCAGUGUACCAAUUCUGAUGACGAGUCCUUCUGUGUCAAGCCAUGCCCACAAAAAUGCACGUGUACUGGUUUAAUUAUCAGCUUCAUCUCUACUCCACUCAGUACUUUACGUUCUCCUUUUAAGAAAAUCUCCUUUUUCAUUAACAAGAUCGAUCCACCUUUAAAACUUUAUGUCAACUUUUCAGACUUUUCAUAUCUUGCAAUAAGAGGCAUGAAUGCAAUACCAGAUAAUUUCACCAGAGGUUUAUAUAAUAUACAAAAUUUGGUGUUAACGGAAAACAAUAUAUCGUUUGUGGCUAGUGAUAUGUUCACUCACAUGUCAGGUCUACGGUCAUUAAGUUUAUCAUCUAAUAGGAUCACGCAUUUAAAUGGUAAUAUAUUUAAUGAACUGUCUGCUCUUAGGCGUCUAUCUCUACAUAAAAAUCGGAUGAAAAUGCUUCAAGCUGAUGUCUUUACCGGACUAUCCACACUUACACAUCUGUAUCUAGGUAACAACCAGAUACAAAUCCUUCCACCCGAUGUCUUUACCGGACUAUCCACACUUACGCAUCUGAAUCUAGGUCACAACCAGAUAAAAAUCCUUCCAGCCGAUCUCUUUUCGGCAUUAUCGACACUUACACAUCUGUCUCUAGGUGAAAACAAGAUAGAAAUCCUUCCAGCUGAUGUCUUUAUUGGACUAUCUACACUGACACAUCUGUAUCUACAUAACAAUCAGAUUAAAAUCCUUCCGACAGAUAUAUUUAAUGAACUCACCGCUCUUACGUAUCUGUCUCUAGAUAAAAAUCGGAUAGAAAACCUUCCAGCCAAUAUGUUUACUGGACUUUCUAAACUUACACAUCUGUUUUUAAAUAACAAUCAGAUAAACAUUCUUCCGAGUUAUAUCUUUACUGGACUAUCUACACUUACACAUCUGUUUUUAAAUAACAAUCAGAUAAAAAUCCUUCCGGAUGAUAUCUUUACUGGACUAUGUAAACUUUACGAACUAUCUCUAGAAAACAAUCAGAUACAAACUCUUCCAAAUUAUAUCUUUACUGGACUAUCUACACUUAGAUACCUGUCUCUAGGUAACAAUCAUAUAAAGAGCCUUCCGACUGAUGUCUUUAUGGGACUACAUACACUAUACUAUCUUUCUCUAAGUCACAAUCAGAUAGAAAUCCUUCCAGGUGAUAUUUUCAGUGGUUUAUCUGUGCUUAGCUCGAUCUUACUAAACAACAAUACCCUAUCCAUUAUACCUGUUUUACCUUCCUCUGUUAGAUUGCUUGAUAUAUCGUUCAAUAGCUUCACGAGUGUUACCUGCUGGAGCAUUUUCCAAUUGUAG